GCAAAGGCCGAAUGCUAAAGGAGCACGAGUGCUAUGUACAAUUUAUGACUAAUCCAUAUUUAAAUAUGGGAAUGUACAUUUCAUACUAUUGGUCGACGUUAUUUGUCAUGUUGUACCUAUACUGGGGUAUCUAUAGAGCAGCCAAGCAACUUGCAAUGAAAAGUGAACAGAAAAAUAAGCGAUUGGCAUUAUUGACGGAAUUGCGGAAGCCAGAAGUUUCCAUACGAACAAGCGACGCGAAUAAGAGCAGCUCUGAUUCGCCUAAUGACAAUGAUACAAGCUCUAGUAGCAAGGUUUACAAUACUUCUCAACAAUUCUUCGGAAUAAAAUCGCGCUAGAG